AUGCCUUUAUAUGGUGGUAGCUCACAAGAAGGAUUGCAAGUCGUUGACGUCAGGUUUGAUCUUUUUCCAGCCAUUGACGUCCUUAUUCCCGCUUUUCUUCUUAAUGUUGUCAUAGCAUGCCUUGUCAACUUUUUUGAGAGGCAUAUUUGCAGGUGGCGAGGCUCAGUUGGUGGCAUAGUGGAUGCACCCAUAGAAAGAGUAUGGUCCAUGGUGUCUGAAGCUGGCCGGCUGCCUGAAUGGAUGCCGAUGGUAGAAACAUGCACUCACUUGCAAGGAGUCGAAGGUGUUUCCGGCUACGUUCGAUUAGUGUCCGGCUUCAUGUUUCCUCAAGAGGACGGAGAUCGAUCAUGGAUCAAGGAACGAUUGGUUUCCAUGGAUCCAUUGUCAUUUAGCUUUGUGUAUAGGAUGGAGGCUAGCAACGUGGGUUUGGACGGAUCUGUAAAUUCACUUAAGCUCAUAGAUUAUGGGGAUGGUUCGACUUUGGUAGACUGGUCCUUUGAAAUAAGUCCGGUUGAAGGGGUGUCCGAAGAGGGUUUGAUAGAUUAUCUUGGAUUUCUUUAUAAAUCGUGUAUUAAGAAGAUCGCAAGUGCCAUACAAGUAUCAUCGGAAAACGUUUGA